GUGUGUGUGUGUGUGUGUGUGUGUGUGUGUGUGUGUGUGUGUGUGUGUGUGUGUGUGUGUGUGUGUUUGAGGGGAUAAGAAGAAGAACAACAAACAUCCUCAGGCACAAGCAGACAGACAUGGACUUUAACGGCACCUGGAAAGUUUACUCAGAGGACAAUCUCGACGAUUUCUUAAAAGCUGUCGGUAAGUAUUUAUUUAAAAUCACUGCCUGUGUUUUUAUCGUUGAUUAUUUUUAGAUACCUCCUCUUCCAGGUGCUCCUGACAUGGUGGCGAAAAUGCGAAGGGACAACAAGCCGGUGAUUGUGAUCGAGCAGAACGGCAAAGACUUCACCUGCACCGUGAAGACUCCUCUGGUGACUAAAGUUCACUCGUUCACCAUCGGGAAGGAGACGGAGUUUACCGCUGUGGACGGGAGAAAGUUCAAGGUAAGUUCAGCAUCAAUCAACCAUGAGUCUAAAAUAUGAUGGAGCAUGUCUUGAGUAUGCAUUUUGGUGUCUCAUCCACCUCAGACCAGUCGUUUCUCAUACAUUUAUUAUCAAUCAAAAGUCUUAGAUCAGCUCCUUCUCUGAGGUUUUCUUGUGUGUGUGUGAGAUCAGUGCGCAGUCAGAGAGGAGAACGGGAAGCUGAUUACUGUGUCUGACAAGUUCACCUCAGUCCGUGAGAUCCAAGGGGACGAGAUGAUUGAGGUCAGGUGCUUUAUUUACUUUCAAACCUCCACAUGCAGUGUCUCUGAGUUAUUUCAGGUGGAAUUUUUAUGUUUCGUCUCUGACUUCUUACUCUUGCAGACCAUGACUGCUGGCUCUGUGACGUUCAUCUCCAAGAGCAAACGGGUCUGAUCUCACCGAGAGGCUUCAGAAGUACCUCAAAGUUUUUCAGCUUUGAUCAAUUUGGCCAUAACAUGAUUUAAAUAAAAAUAAGACAUUUAGGAAUAAAGUU